CCCAGAGUGAUCCUGCGCACAAGGGCAGCCAGAGCCACAGCCGAGGGGCUCAGCCCGGAAGAAGACAGACUCCUCUAGCAGAGACGGCGCCGUCCGUUCCCAUGUGAGCGCUAUCACAAGGGUAAAGAGUCCACCAAAUCAACAGUGCCGCUUUUUUUUUCUCCACGCGUACACCGUGGUAGUCUACAUAGAUCUGAAUGGCAGGGACCGACACAGACACGGCAACAACCAGCCCCUGCGUUGUGAUCAGCGAUGAGGAGCAGGGCUAUGACCUGGACCUGUUCUGCAUACCAAAGCACUAUGCUUCUGAUCUGGAGAGGGUUUACAUCCCCCAUGGACUCAUCCAGGACAGGACAGAGAGGCUGGCCAGAGAGAUCAUGAAGGAAAUGGGGGGCCACCACAUCGUGGCCCUCUGCGUGCUCAAAGGGGGGUACAAGUUCUUUGCGGACCUGCUCGACUACAUCAAGUCCCUGAACCGGAACAGCGACCGCUCCAUCCCAAUGACUGUGGACUUCAUUCGCCUCAAGAGCUAUUGUAACGACCAGUCAACAGGUGAAAUCAAAGUAAUCGGAGGAGACGACCUGUCUACGCUCACGGGCAAGAAUGUCUUGAUUGUGGAGGAUAUUAUUGACACAGGGAAGACAAUGAAGACUUUAUUGCAACUGCUCAAACAGUACAAUCCCAAAAUGGUAAAAGUAGCAAGUUUGCUGGUGAAGAGGACACCGAGGAGUGUUGGCUACCGACCUGACUUUGUAGGAUUUGAGGUCCCUGACAAAUUCGUGGUGGGAUACGCACUAGACUACAACGAGUACUUUAGAGAUCUAAAUCACAUCUGCGUCAUUAGUGAAACAGGGAAGGAGAAGUACAAGGCAUGAAGGGCACUUCACGUUGUUUAAUGUGUGCAUUUGUGUUCCGGUUUGCCUUUCAUUUCAUAUUUUAGUAUGUCACCUCGUGUCAUAGAAACCACCAGCCUGCUCAGGGUCCCUGAGGAUACACGGAUCAAGUGAAUGACUGCGCACGCAAACUAGACUUAGCUUUUAAACAUCGCCUUGGAGAGAACCAAAUCUGGGUUAAACAGCAUGGAGCCCAGCUUCAUUUAAAAAUUAGUAAAACUCUUUCAUGCCCCAGCAUUGAUUAGUUUUUUUUUUUCUUUUUUUGAAGCAGUGCUGUAAUUUAUUGAUAUCAACACUUCAAGCUUCAUUUAUCAUAAUUGCAACAACACAAUCACGAUGAGCUAGUGAUUGGAUUGUAAUUCUGUUUUAACCUGGAACUAUCAAUACUUGUGUUAUUAGCACUCUUAAGAGGAUCUUACAUUUUCUGUCUGUAUAUUUUGGGACAAAAUAACUUUUCUGUGGUGCUUUGUUGAUAGAUUAUUCUAUGAUACAGAGUGUAGGAAAGGAAUGUGAAUGUUGGCUGCUGUCCCCGAUGAAACACGCCUGCUGAAGAUGAAACAUCCUCUUAUUUAUGAGUGUGUAAGAAUGCAUUUGAGGGAUUUAUUUUUAAUUUAAAAACAAAAAUCUUUUAACUGCUGGACGACAUGUAUAGUUCACGGAUGUAUAAAUGUCCAAACUGCGUUUAGUUUGAGUUAAACUAACAUUUUCAGCUUUAUGAAAUGCUCUUAUUUAGCCAUUGCUGUAAUUCUGAACUUUGUAGUACCAGACAUUAAUUGUUCCCUCCUCCUCCUGUGACCGGUGGAUGUUACUACAAAGCUUAGUGUCCGAUAGAAACCCAAAUAGUUGAAGCAUUUAAAUCAUGUCUGGUUGCUUGAUGUUAUUCAUGAAAAUCCAAAGACUGAUAAAAACUCACAUUUGUUUGUUGUAACCCAACUUGUGUAUGAUUUCUCUAAGCACUUGUUCAGAUUUCAAGACUCAGGAGAAGUUUUGUUCGGAAGUGAAGUUUUCAUUGACCCGUUUUCCUUUAAACAGUCACAUUUUACAUCACAAAUAAUGAAUAAAACGUUCAUCGUUAA